CGUUUUAUCGGGAUAACUUAAUAAAAAACAACAUGCACGUACACAAUUGAAUUUACUAAACUACUUUUGAACCAAAAAAACAUCUACGUAAUACUUAAGGGUUGCGUUUUUCGCAUUCCGUGAUAACACCAAUUUAUAACCGACCGAAACUAUUUUUCUAUGGUGUGUACGGCCUACCCACAAAAAUUUAAAAAUGCAAUAGCAGUGUUCUGAGCGGUCAGUACUCGUCAGGUGCGAGUAGUACCGGUUGCGCGGAGUGUAACUGAACUAUUUUUCUAAAAAAAAAUGCAGACAUUCGUCAAAGGGUUUAAAACAUGGGCCAAACUGGGUGACGUACAGACGGAAAACGUCGUAUUCAAAAUUCACUGUAAAAUAACAGUGCUGAUGCUAAUACUCUUUUCGGUACUGCUUUCUAGCAAGCAGUAUUUCGGGGACCCCAUCGAUUGCGACGUAGCUCAGAGGAAAGAAAUUGUCAAUCUGUACUGUUGGACGACCGGGACAUUUAUCAUCGAUAAGAAGGUCGAAGGCAGCUCGGACCUGCAGGGGUUGGGCAACUUGGCUUCCGCGGGUUCAAAAGAGACUUUUACGCUGCUGUACUAUCAGUGGGUUUGGUUUCUGUUUCUCUUGCAGGCGUUGUGUUUUUAUGCCCCCAAGCAUGUUUGGAGAUUAUGGGAGAGACGUCAGUUGGCGCAAAUAAUUCAGGAUUUGUGUGGCCCUUUGGUUACCGAAAAAUGGACGUUGGAGUACAAGGAGAAAAUUGUCAGUUACUUGCUUCACGCUAGGAAUUUGGACAUAUACAGUUUUAGGUUUGCUGUUUGUGAAUUCCUCACAUUGGUGAACCUGAUAUUCCAAAUCCUCCUGAUGAAUUGGUACUUGAAAGGCGAAUACCUGUCAUACGGCGUGAACGUGGCGACGGGGGCGUGGCCGGAAUCGAUGAAUCGAGUGUUUCCAAAGCGGGCCAAGUGCAACUACACGAGAUACGGGGCGAGCGGCAGCGUGGAGUCCCGCGACGCCCUCUGCGUUCUCCCGCUCAACACACUAAACGAGAAAUUUUUUUUGAUACUGUGGUACUACUUCGCGGUUCUGAUGAUCCUGACUAUUGGCGCGCUCACUUUUCGUUUCUUGUUUCUUUAUUCGGGUAAGGUACGCGAGCAUUUGUUAAAAAUGAGAGUCGCUGGCCACGGGAUCGGCAACAAAAAAAUCAAAACGAUCGUCGAGCAUCUGUCCCACGGCCAAUUUUUCGCUUUGCACCACAUGAGCAAGAACUUGAACCCGAUAAUUUUCGAUGAGCUGCUCGUCGAAUUGCUCGGCAGAGUCGUGCGCCACAGGCGUGAUAAUUCGAUAAGCGUUCCAUAACUAACCAAAAAAUAAACUCUGCGGGGUCGUCCAUAGUAGUACGAUAUUUUUUCUUUUCGGUUUAGAUCCCUUCAUACGUAGAUAUCGACCUCUAAAGAACGCUCCCCAGAGUUAGUUACACUCAAAUGACUUUGUUUCCACUGUCAUUGUUAUACGAUAACGUGGUAGAAAUAGCAAACUACUAACAUGAAACUUUUGUAUCGAAAACUUCUUGUUUAUGAUAGUGAAGAGUUAUUCCGGAACAACACACGACUUACGACAUUUCUAUGUGUUCAUAGCGAGAAGUUUGUAGAACUUUGCCAUUUUUUCGCGUUCUCAAUUCCGGAGAACACAUUUUGUUGGCCCCACGGCAAAAGACUGACGUACAAUAAACGCAACAGGGUACUCUAGAAUUUAACCUUUUUUUCCUCUUUUAUAAGACCAAUUUAGUUUUGCGUCUAGUUAAGAAUCUCUAUUUAAUUUGUAAUUAAAAUAUGUAUUGGUUAGUUCCGACGUUUCUGCUUUACAGUAUUUUUGCUUAUCAGAAUUACCUCCACACAACCUCUACAUUCUAUUAUUAAUUCCAGUUUGUUUUUGUUAUUUCGUUUUUGUUAGAAUUUUGUGAUAUACUUAAUUUUUAAGUGAUAGAUGAUGUAACUCGUUACAUAGUCCAAAU